GAUUAAUUAACCCGCAAAACAGUAAUGAUAAUGAGUGUUUUAAAUGGUGUAUAAGUGCAUACCAUACACGAGAGGAAGCAUUAAAAGCUAAUAGAAAGCCACCACAUCUUAAUGAAAUCCGAAGACUUAGACGAAAUGCAGAUAUAGCAAAUUUUAAUAAAAUAAAAUUUCCAGCAACACUACAUGAUAUUGAUAAAUUCGAAGAAAUCAAUCUUAACUAUGCUAUUAAUAUAUUUAGGCCAGUAUAUAAAGAAGUGUUCGGAAAAAUAAAAGUAGAUAUAGACCCAUUACAUAUCUCUGAAAGAAAUUAUCAAGUCGAACAUAUGAUAGAUUUAUUAUAUUUAACAGAAGGUGAGGAAAGUUUAAAUGACCGAAAAAAUCCUAACGAUAUACCUGAAGAACUUAGAACACAUUAUGUACUUAUAACAGAUUUUACUCGAUUAAUGCGUAAGUGGAAUAACCAUCAUGGAAAAAAAUACUUUUGCCGAAAAUGCUUACGAUUUCCAUAUAGUAGAUUAGAUUUAUUACAAGAACAUAUUCUUACAUGUCCAGGUCCAAAUAAAGCUUCGCAACGAUUAAUACUUCCUGAAGAGGCAGUAUCAUAUGGAUAUACAAUACAUUGUUCAGAUGGAACAACACAAAAGCCAGUAAUUAAUCGAGAAUCAGAAAAUAUAAUAAAAGACUUAAUGGAAAAUCUCCAAGAAGAUCUAGAUGUAUUCGAUCCUGAAACUAAAAAAUAUUUGGGUGCUUCACAUAAGAAAUGUCACGGAAAAAAGCCAAUGAUUCAAGGUAAGUUAGAUGAUGAACAAAAGAAAACACAUAAUGCGUAUAAAAAAUGUAUGUAUUGUAAAACUCAAUUGCCUGACGAAGGAAAAAAUAAG